GGAGAGGCGGAGUUGAGUGAGGUCAGAGCAGGCGUCUGAUGCAGGCUUGUCUAACCUACUGCUGCUGCUAAGUCACUUCAGUCGUGUCCGACUCUGUGUGACCCCGAUAGACGGCAGCCCACCAGGCUCCCGCGUCCCUGGGAUUCUCCAGGCAAGAACACUGGAGUGGGUUGCCAUUUCCGUUGUGCCUUGUCCCCUAAGGAAGAAAGAAGAUGGCUUGUGCUGAAUAUUCUUUUCAUGUGCCAAGUCUAGAGGAGCUUGUUGGAGUUCUGCAGAAGGGGCUAAUGGAUAACUUUGCUGAAGUCCACGUCUCUGUAGUUGAUUGCCCUGAUUUAACUAAGGAGCCAUUUGCCUUUCCUGUAAAAGGCAUCUGUGGAAAAACUAGAAUUGCAGAAGUAGGAGGUGUGCCUUACUUACUGCCUCUUGUAAAUAAAAAAAAAGUUUAUGAUUUAAAUAAGAUUGCAAAAGACAUCCAGCUUCCUGGAGCUUUUAUUCUUGGAGCAGGAGCAGGCCCAUUUCAGACUCUUGGAUUCAAUUCUGAGUUUAUGCUACUUGUUCAGGCAGAAAAUGAACACAAACCUCCUGUGAAUGGAAGUUACUUUGCUCGGGUUAACCCUGCAGAUGGAGGGUGUCUACUAAAGAAAUACAGUGAGAAAUAUCGUGAUUUUGGGUGUGCAUUACUGGCUAAUCUUUUUGCCAGUGAAGGCCAACCUGGGAAGGUCAUUGAGGUGAAAGUCAAAAGAAGAACUGGAAAACUUAACUUUGUGACAUGUAUGAGGCAGACUCUUGAAAAACAUUAUGGAGAUAAGCCUGUAGGAAUGGGAGGUGCUUUCAUAAUUCAGAAGGGAAAAGUGAAGACUCACAUUAUGCCUGCAGAAUUUUCUUCCUGUCCAUUGAACUCUGAUGAAGACGUGAAUAAAUGGUUGCAUUUUUAUGAGAUGAAGGCUCCUUUGGUUUGUCUGCCAGUUUUUGUCUCCAGAGAUCCCGGGUUUGAUUUGCGGUUGGAGCACACUCAUUGUUUCAGUCAUCAUGGAGAAGGUGGACACUACCAUUAUGACACCACCCCAGAUAUAGUGGAGUACCUCGGAUACUUCUUACCUGCCGAGUUGCUCUAUCGCAUUGACCAACCAAAAGAGACCCAUUCAUUUGGGCGAGAUUAAAUCAUCUGGUACUUGUUUAGAAAAAGUAAUAAUUAACUAAGGUUAAUUGAUUGAUUAACUCAUUAAUUGAUACUAAUAUAAAGUCUAAUAGAAAUGAUCUCACUACUUAAGCCCUAUUUUGGGGGCCUUUGAAAUGAAAGUUAUGUUAACAUUGGGUUCUGUGUUAUUUCACAGAUCUAUCUGAGAGGGACUAUUGGGCACACAAUACACAUAAUGGAGAUGUUCUUCAUUAUUUUUAUUCUAAAAAUCAUUCUUAUGUUUAUAAUUAAGUACAGACAUGAUUAAGAAUCAAGUGAUUAUUUCUACUAGCUAAUAGUAAUUUACAUUUGUAUAACAUUAUUCAGUUUUUCAAAUUAGUCUCACAACUGCUAAGUGGAUGUUUCUGGGUAUUAGAAAAAUCAGUGUUGGAAUAUUGAUUAUUAAAUCUUUCUACUGAAUUUUAAAAAUCCAUUUUAGAAGUCAGAGUACACUUUUUUUUCAUGGAAUAAGGUGGUCAGAGGGAGUACCUUUACUUCUUUUGGUGAAGUGAACCAUAAUUAGAAGUUUGCAGUUUGCCUUUCACAAAUGUCAGUUGUAAGCAGUUUGUAUCUUGUUGGUUAUUUGCAAGAAGAGAAGGGGGAAAAAAGCAUCAAAAUAUAUAACUUUGAAGUGUGUGUAAUUUAUAAAUGAAGCUGUUGCUAAAUAUGACUACUGUCCUUUGUGAAAUACAAAAUUAUACUUUACCAAUUAUAAUGGUUGAGAUUUUCCUCAGUGUUUUUCUAUAAUAAUCAUUUGCCAAAAACAACUCUCUCAUCUUAUAAUACCAACACUACAGAUUUAGGAGCUUUUUGGUACUAAGCAUAUAAUAAAUCAUCAGGAAAUAUGUUUUGAUUGUCUUUCGAUGUUAACUAUAAUGUGUCCUAUGAGUAUAAAUCCCUAAAUAUUACUUUUAAGUAAAUACUACUCUGUAACAAAAAAAUGAAUAAAAAUUUUAUAUUCAUAAUAUGA